GGGGCGGGGAGACAGACUGCGGGGUGAACGAUAAACGCAGCGACGUGGGUUUAUCUCUGGCCCCACCGACCCGACCCCCUCCGUCCUUGCCGCCAUGACGGGGCUCGUGCUGCUCUACUCCGGGGUCUCUGUGGCCUUCUGGGCCACCAUGCUUGUCGUGGGAACCUGCUACACCAUCUUUGACUUGGGGUUCCGCUUUGAUGUGGCAUGGUUCCUUACUGAGACGUCCCCUUUCAUGUGGUCGAACCUGGGCAUUGGUCUAGCUAUCUCCUUGUCUGUGGUUGGGGCAGCCUGGGGGAUCUAUAUUACAGGCUCCUCCAUCAUUGGGGGAGGAGUGAAGGCCCCUAGGAUUAAGACCAAGAACCUGGUCAGCAUCAUCUUCUGCGAGGCUGUAGCUAUCUAUGGCAUCAUCAUGGCAAUUGUCAUUAGUAACAUGGCUGAGCCUUUCACUGCCACUAAUCCCAAGGCCAUCGGCCAUCGAAACUACCAUGCAGGCUACUCCAUGUUUGGAGCUGGCCUCACAGUGGGCCUGUGCAACCUCUUCUGUGGAGUCUGCGUGGGCAUCGUGGGCAGUGGGGCUGCACUGGCUGAUGCUCAGAACCCCAGCCUCUUUGUAAAGAUUCUCAUCGUGGAGAUCUUUGGCAGCGCCAUUGGCCUCUUUGGGGUCAUCGUCGCAAUCCUCCAGACCUCCAGAGUGAAGAUGGGUGACUAGAUGAUCUGUGUGGGUGGGGCUGUGCCCCACUCUUAAUUUAUUUGUGGUUUUCCUGAGACAGCUGGAACUGUGCCCCUUAGCUUUUCAGGGGGCUUGGCGUUCAGGGCUCUCUCUGCACUCACCUCCCGCUGCCUGUCGACUUGGAGGCAUUGCUUGGUAGAUCCUCGUGGGAAGUGGGCCGCUGACAACUGUGUUCAGUUGUGCACUUGGGCCUCCUAUAUGCACCCCCACCUUUACCCAGUGUUUGUGAAAUAAAUGUGAUAUUUGUC